AUGGGCCGUAAACCUAACCAACUUAUCCUGGAGUUCUUUCACCGGGGCCCCAAGCUCGAAGACGCGAGCAAUCGAUACCAACACACGUGCAAGGCUUGUGGUGAAGUAUUCCCCAAGGGUCGCAUCGAUAGCCUGACCAAUCACCUGGUGAAGAAGUGCCAGGCCAUCCCCCUCCGUGACCGUCAACGCGUCUUGUUGCGACUCCACGAUUUUCCCGACUUGACCGAUGCCGAGUCGAACAAAGAUUCCCCCAAUGGAAAGGGAAAGGCGGGAGAGGGUGGCUUCCCCAAUCGACAGAACUUUGACGGCCUCAACGUGUUAGCUGAGGCGUCGCGACAGGUUGGCGCUUCUGACGUGACCAAGCGACCUGGAUACACUCAGUCUGUGACUGCUGGCGGCAAGACCGUGAUUGUUGACCCCGCGCUGGAAGCCGAAGGGUUCCAAGGACAAGCGCAAGGAUCCGACACUCAGAUUGAGGGCGCGGCCCAUGCCGAAGGAACUCCCCAAUCGUCCAAUGCUCCUAGCAUUCCUGCUCUUCCAAGCCACACUCCCAAUGAGCACCACGGAUCCAUUUCUCCCCCUCUUGGCGAUACCUCCAUGUCUCCCGAAUCCACUUCCAAUGCACGCCAGUCUCAAUUGUCGAUGAUUGCAGCAUCUGCGAAUGAGAUGGUCCCCCAGGGCUUGUCAAUGGACGGUGAUAGUAUGGGACCGGAUGGCAUCAAACUCGGCCAGUGGAACCCGAACCAACUGUCUACCCACGAGCAGCUUCUCUUUGACAGUUUGGCAGAGCAUGAUCCUUCUUUGACCGCGGCCACCCAGCGCGCCGCCUCAUACCCCCGUCCUAUUGCGAUGAACCCGAACACUCAAGCCAAAGGUUUUGUCAAUGAAUUCGGCAACUCCACCAAGCCCAUGAAGCCUAAGGUUCGGGGUCGCUUCACCGCAGAACGACGACGUGAAGUUCAAGAUGUCCGCAAGAAGGGUGCCUGCCUUCGUUGCCGUAUGCUCAAGAAACCUUGCUCCGGCGAUACCCCUUGCACCACGUGCGCUAGCGUGGAAAGCGCCCGCCUGUGGAAACACCCGUGCCUGCGCACCCGCCUUUCGGACGAGUUUGAGCUUUACAAUGCUAAUCUUAAUUCCACCCUCGCCUACCAUGACACCAACAGUAUUAAGAACCAGGUCAAGUUUGAGCACUACUCCGGCCGCAUCGAAGUGACCCAUUUCGAGGAGAGUAAUUCCUUCAUGACCUUCAGUGGACUUCAGGGUCAUCGUCCAUCGGUGUCUGCCCUGGAUCCACAACUGCAAGCCUUGGGUGACGAUCAAUUCUCUGGCUCGUUGCAGGAAGUUUAUCUGCUGGAUGCCGAUGCCGAUGACAUCCCUAGCAAGCUCGAGAUGUACAUCAAGAAGAACGCUUCCUAUUUCUAUGAGCGAGAGACUUCGCCAUUCAUGAAGCCUACCUUGUUGCUUGCUGCCGAACUCAACCAAACCAAGAAGGACAUCCUCUUGGAGCGUGUUCUGGAGCUUUGGGUCGCCACUCAUAUCCUCGUCGACACUGAACUCACCUGGAAGACCUACUACAACCCCACCCUGCCUCCCAACACCCUGCACUCCCUUUCCCAGCCUUCCGAUGAGGGUCGUUUGCCCAUCGAAGAGGUGUCUGACCCAGAGUCGUAUGGACUUCUGUGCAGCCAGCUCCGCGCUGCCAUGGAAAAGCGGGCUUCGCAGCUGAGCAAGUUCGUCAUCAAUGACUUGGAGCGUCGACUUCUCCAGCGCCAGAAGUGUGGCUGGUUUGAUACUUUCAUCGUCGCUAUCAUUCUUCUCAACUGCGUCGAGCGUACUUGCUGGCUCUUCCGCUCUUGGGACAACGAGAACUUCGCCCAGCGUUGGCCUCUUGACAAGCGCCCACCCUACUACUUCAGCCAGUCCGAGCAUUUUUCCAACAUCCUGGAGAUGCUUCUGCGCAUGCGCCACAUCCCACCCAAGGCCACCUUCCGUCCCGACAAUGGGAUCUUGAAGGCAAUUGAUGGCAGUGACGAGCAUGCGGUUCGUUGGUUUGACAUGAUCCAAAUUACUACCUACUUUAUUGAUGAGCGCAAGAACGCUGUCUUUGACCCCUCCGACUCGCGCUCUCUUGAUUGUCACCACAGUGCCAAUCUUCUCGAGCCCAGCAACGCUACCUAG